CCCAGGGUUGACGACAGACGUUAAAUUGCCAUACCAAACUCUAUUUGGCCAUAAACAUCGACUGGAAGUCACACUCCCUGCCCAUAGAUCCAGUAUCAAGGAAUCUCAGAUUUACCCCACUACAUCAGCGCGAAGCGUACCUUGUCGACGCGCCACGUUUGGAGAAGAGAGCCGAGUUCCGGAACAAGCCAACCAUGUCUGACCAAACAGCAGAGGCAGUGCCUGCUCCCGUCGCAUCAACUUCGCAACCCCAAGACACACCAGCUGCCACCACAAACGGAGAUGCCAAGGCCAUAAAGCCAGCCGAGGAUGGUGCACUAAAGAAGCUUUCACCAGCUGAGUUGAAGAAGCAAAAGCAAGCCGAGAAACAGGCCCGGAGAGCACAGCAGAAAGGCCCGGGAGGUCCUUCGAAAGAGCAAGGAGCACCCAAAGAUGGACAGAAGCAAUCGAAAGAGCCCAACCAAGGCGCAAAGAAUGAGCAAGCCAGGCCUGUGCCCAUAAGAAGACGACCUUCUCAGUCUAAUGUACCAGUGCAAAAAGAACCUGAAAAAAAGAGCAAGAAAGAGUCAAGACAGGCUGGGGUUGGAUUGUUCUUUGGACAUUUGUACAGUCAACCGAAGCAGCAGUCAAUGAACGGAGCAGGAAAGGACGUACACCCAGCGGUUCUGUCUCUGGGGUUGCAGUACAGCAGUUACGCAAUUUGCGGUAGUACCGCUCGUAUGGUGGCAAUGCUUCUGUCCUUCAAGGCUGUGAUCGAAUCAUAUCAGACACCACCCGGUACCAGUUUGGCACGGCAUCUUACGAACCACCACUUGAGUCCGCAAAUCGAGUACUUAAGGAGCUGUAGACCGCUCAGCAUCAGCAUGGGAAAUGCUAUCCGAUGGCUGAAGGAUGUCAUCAUCAAGAUCGAUCCCUCAACUCCUGAAGCGGAGGCAAAGCGAGACCUACUAGAGGAAGUCGACAUCUUCAUCCGCGAGCGCGUCACUGCAGCUGACAGACUGAUCCGCGAUCUUGCCUCGACAAAGAUCGAGCCUGGGGAUGUCAUCCUCACUUACGCAUCCAGCUCAAUUGUUGAGCAAGCCAUCCUGCACGCCCACAAGGCCGGCACUCCAUUCUCCGUCAUCAUUGUUGACUCGAAGCCACUCUUCGAAGGCAAGCAACUUGCCCGCAAACUAGCGAACGCCGGCGUCAAAGUACGCUACUACCUUAUCACCGGCGCCUCACAUGCCAUCCAGGAUGCAACUAAAGUGUUCCUCGGCGCACACGCCAUGAUGUCUAACGGCCGCCUCUACUCUCGGGUCGGCACAGCCAGCAUAUCGAUGCUCGCAAGCGCGCACUCCCUCCCUGUUAUUGUGCUCUGCCAGUCCGUCAAGUUUACCGAGAAGGUCGCCCUCGACUCGAUUGUCGGCAACGAAGUCGCACCCGCAGAGGAGCUUCUCUCUGAAGCCGAACGCCGGGAGCUUCUUCCGCUCAAGUCCAUGCUGCCCAGCAGCAGAAACGCAAGCAAGAACGACGACAAAGUUGCUGCUAGCGAGGAAGAGAAGACAGACACAUCGGACGUUCUGAAGUGGAUCGAAGAAUCAAAGAACCUGCAUCACCUGCAGGUUCUGUACGACGUCACACCUGCAAAGUAUAUCGACAUGGUCAUUACCGAGUAUGGUGGACUGCCGCCGAGCUCGGUCCCUGUUGUUCAUCGAUUAAGUACGAAUAUCUAGACCCAGUUGUUGGAUUUCUUUGCUUUUCCUGUUCUUUUGGAGGCUGGUACUAACGCUUUUCUGAAGGGAACGAGGACUAGAUGUAGGCAUUCUAGCGAGCAUGCUCAGUCUGAUGCACACCGAAGUCGGAGAGCUUAUUCAUCUCGAUUGUACUCUGACAGGGCGGAUUUCAGAUAUGUCCUUAUGUCAGAAGGAUAGUCGAGGGUAGACGAAGGAUUAACGGCGAUGAAGUAUUGAUACACAGCCUUGGCACAAUCAUCCAUUCACCUCCAACACGGCCAUCUACAUUUCAUCCUCAUACUGCUCGUCUGAUUAUCCUGCCUCGCUGCAUUGAAGAUUCAUGGAGCAUCUUCUCCACCACGACGAACUUCUCUGAGGAGCUGCGCUUACUUUUCUAGUUACGGCGUGGCUAGGCAGCUAUUACUCAAGCAACUAGAUUGGUGCUCACUGGUCGAAGAAUGGUGGAGUUGG